AAUGGACGACAAUAGCGCGAUGCCGCCUCCGAAAUAUUCGGGAUCGACGAACACGCUGGGCGGGUUCAUUCGGAAGGCGCAGCGCACGUUACUGAACACUCCUUGGCAGAUUAUACAGGUGGCAGAGACAGCGGAGCCAGGGCUGUUCAAGCUAUGGGCAUUAGUGGGCAGUGAGCUGCACCAAAUCAAGCUAACAGUACCGCGCAUCUUCUACGUGAACCAGCGCGUGGGCCGCGCAGCCGACAGCGGGCAGUACUGGCGCAAGUGCUCGCGAGUGCUGCCGCGCGCGCACCCCGCGCUGCACCUCUACCAGUACUGCGUGCCCGAGCAGCUGUACCGGGAGCACCAAGAGUGAGUCACUAGCGGCAGCUGAUGCACCAGGCGAGCGCACAGUGCCGCGCGUCUUCAUAGGGAACCAGCGCGUGGGCAGUACUGGCGCAAGUGC